CUGAAUUCUGCAGCCGGUGAAUUGACAGUUGAUUGGAAUUUGGGGAUUUUGGGGUUAAGUUGUUUAGUUUCUUAUAAACUAAUUGUUUUGAUGUUGAAAUCCACAAUUGGCAGAAGUCAACAGUUUUUACGCUUUUACGCAAAAAUGCCAGAAGGAAUAGCACUCAAAGAAGUUGUUACCAGCUUGGAGCGCUUUGCGCCUCUGUCCUAUGCCGAGAAAUGGGAUAACGUGGGUUUGUUGCUGGAGCCGUAUGAUCAGAAACCAGUUGAGAAAAUCCUGCUGACCAACGACUUAACCGAAGCUGUUAUGCGCGAAGCCAUUGAAAAGAAAGCCAAUAUGAUUUUAUCAUACCAUCCACCAAUAUUUGCAGCCAUGAAGAGGAUAACACAGAAAGAUUGGAAACAGCGCAUUGUGUCCAUGUGUUUUGCCCAUUCAAUUGCUAUGUAUUCGCCCCACACAGCCUGGGAUGCCACGCUGGGCGGUGUAAAUGAUUGGCUGGCAAGUGCUUUGCCCGUGAAAGACAUUAAACCAAUUCAGCCCCUUGCAAAUUGCGAUGAUCCUAAUGUUGGUUCGGGACGCAUCUUUUCUACGAAAAUAAAUCUAGAGAAUGCCAUCAAAGCUGUACAAAAACAUAUUGGAUUGGAUGUACAUGUUGCAAUGGGCGUCGAACAUACCCUGGCAACGGACAUUAAAAAAGUAGCUGUUUGUGCCGGUUCAGGAGCUUCAUUGUUGCGCGGCGUCCAGGCAGAUCUGUAUAUAACCGGUGAAAUGUCUCAUCAUGAUGUUUUGGAUGCAAAUCAUCAAAAUAUCUCGGUAAUUUUAUGCAAUCACAGUAAUUCGGAGAGGGGUUUCUUGAAGAAAUUCAAAACGAAAUUGGAAGAUAUGUUAAACGAGCAAUGCGAGGUAUUGGUUUCUGAGGCGGACGAAGAUCCAAUUAAGACACAUGUGAAGCCAAGGGAUAAUUAAAAGUGGUAAUUUCCUCAUUUUCCCCAUUCGAUAUGGACCAAAAAUGCAUUUUCUUCAGCUUGAAUUGAUCAUUUUACUUUUUCGUUACUGUCAAAAGUGUUUAUUUUUAUUUUUGUAUUAUUAUUAUUAUAAAAUAUGGUUUGGCUAACUAUAUAGUAUAUAAAAUGUUGAUAUAUGAAAAAACCAAAUAAAAAAGAUGUUGUGAAACUAAAACCAAAACGGUGCACGAAAUGCUGACUAACAA